UCCGUACCUUUUGUAAUGUUGCGCUAGGCAUCUGCUUUAUCGAUGGUAGCAAAUUUGCGUCAUUUUGACAGCGGUGUCCAGCUGUUUCUUCACCUAUCAAAAUUCGUGCCUUUACCGAAAGGAAAUCUGAAAACACCAGAGAAUGGCUCGCUACGUCGGAUUGGAUAAGUUGGGUAAGCUGUUCGGCUACAUUCGCGAUAAUGGAGGCAUCCGAGCCAGUUUGUACAAGCUGUACAGAAUGGAUGAAAUGAAAGCGGGGCGUUUGGUCGGACAGGACAAGUAUGGCAACAAAUACUACGAAGAUCCGUCACAGUUCUACGGAAGGAAUCGCUGGGUCGAAUACGCGCCGCACUUCAACCUGGAAUACGACGGUUCGCAGAUCCCGGCCGAAUGGUUCGGAUGGAUGCAUUACAAGACCGAUUUGCCACCGAACCGAGAUGGAAUGCGCCCGCAUUAUUCAUGGAUGGCCGAUCAUAGCGAAAACCUUUCCGGAACUAAAGAAGCCUACAUGCCGUACUCUACCACCCGCCCGAAAGUGGAAGCAUGGGAUCCCAAAAAGCCGGCUCCCAAACUGGAAUAGAUGUGAAAUAUAAUGGUUUAGGGUUAAAUAUCCGUUGCUUUAGCAAAAACUUCCGUUGGAAUCGUAA